AUGGCACGUGUCUCCAAAGUUGCUGUUGGCUCCGUCCUUGGAGCUGCCUCUCUGGGAGGCCUGGCCUUUGUGGCUCCAGGAAGCCACCCAGUUGAAGUGGAGCCAAGGGUGACUGCUGCAAACCAAAAGUUCCUGUCCUCAUCCACUCCUUCCGGCAGCUCCUCAGCAGUGCAGGGACUUAGCGGUGCCUUGGCAGUCGGAGGCCUGAGCGUCGCUGCGAUUCGUGGUGCCGCAGCUGCUUCUCGACGCAAGGGUAUCAAGCCAAGGGCAUCUCAGAACGUGGUUGCUUGCAGGGGCUUGGCCAAGAUGAAGAUUGAUGAGGUUGACCUCAAGGACCAGCGAGUCUUCAUCCGUGUGGACUUCAACGUGCCCCAGGACAAGAAGGAUCCCAACAUCAUCACCAACACAGCGCGAAUUGAUGCUGCACUCCCGACCAUCAAGUAUGCACUGGACAACGGAGCCAAGUCCGUGGUCUUGUGCUCUCACCUGGGCCGUCCUGAUGGCCAGAAGAACGAGAAGUUCUCCAUGAAGCCUGUCGCAAAGGUGGUCGAAGAGAAGCUGGGAAAGCCUGUGAAGCUGAUGGAUGAUGUGAUUGGCAAAGACGUCGAGGCUGCAUGCGCCGACCCUGAGCCAGGCACCAUCAUUCUCCUGGAGAACUCUCGUUUCUACGUUGAGGAGGAGGGCAAGGGCAAGGAUGCUGAUGGCAACAAGGUGAAAGCUGAUCCUGAGAAGGUGAAAGAAUUCCGUGCUUCUCUUGCCAAGCUGGCAGACAUCUACUGCAGCGAUGCCUUCGGAACUGCUCACCGAGCCCACAGCUCCAUGGUUGGCGAAGGCUUCCCAGUGAAGUGCUCAGGUUUCCUUUUGGCAAAGGAGCUGGACUACUUUGCCAAGGUCAUUGACUCCCCAACCAGGCCCGUGUGUGGCAUCCUUGGCGGAGCCAAGGUGGCUGACAAGAUUCAGCUCAUCAUGAACUUGCUCGACAAGGUGGACAUCAUGAUCAUUGGUGGUGGUAUGGCUUUCACAUUCAUCAAGGAGGCCGGUGUUGAGAUUGGGGCCUCCCUCUACGAUGAGGAGGGAGCCAAGUUGGUGCCUGAAAUCAAGAAGAAGGCCGAGGAGAAGGGUGUGGAACUGAUCCUGCCAGUGGACUUCGUGUGCUCUUCCAAGUUCGGCGAAGAUGGAGAAAUCCAAGAUGGUGACAUGGAGACAGGUGUGCCUGAGGGCUUUUUGGGGCUUGACAUUGGCCCCAAGUCCAUUGCCAUGAACGAUGAGGCCAUCAAGAAGUCCAAGACCAUUGUGUGGAACGGCCCCAUGGGUGUCUUUGAGAUGAAGUCCUUCGAGAAGGGCACCAAGCAGAUGAUGGAGACCAUUGUUGCUGUCACUAAGGAAGGAGCUGUGUCUGUGAUCGGUGGCGGUGACACUGCCACUGCCUGCAAGGUCUAUGACACCGUUGACAAGGUCUCCCAUUGCAGCACUGGUGGUGGCGCUUCUUUGGAGCUCUUGGAAGGCAAGCUCCUUCCUGGAGUGGCCGCGUUGGAUGACUCAAAGUCUCUUGCAACUGCAUAGAUCUUUUAAUUUCAUUCACUGAUGUUUCGUAUUUCAUGUGCCGCAGAACGCAGGCACAUCUUUCCAGAACCCAAAUUGUCCUCAAUUGUUCAGGC